AUGGAAACUUUGAAACAACGUAUUCAAACGUGCGAGAGCAUUCGAAGACUCUCCUUAACAGUCGAAGAUUUACGUUUUAACAAAACAGACCAAAUCAACACAGUAUUGCAAUCUUCGUUACGUAAACAGAUUUUCUUUAACUAUGGUUAUGAUACGCUUGCUUCCAUUGAAGAUAGCUAUUUUCUUGGACUGUUCGAAACUCAUCUGAGCACGCGAGGAAGUCUUACAACAUUGGUGAAUUCUUCUCUUGAACUUCAAGAUCAUCCCGUGGAUAAAAUAAUUGAGAGGCAAUACCAAAUGGCAAUAGAAAAUAUUAAGAUAUAUUGUGAAACAAAAUGUUAUGAGCUAAAGUUGGCCCUCUUAGGGAAUUACUUCCUAUUGCCAGUUGGCAGUGCCAAUCAUGUACAAAACUUGCUGAAGUGUAUUGAAAGACUCUUCACAGAUACUUAUGCCAACACCAUUCACACAUUCCAAGUCACCGCUAAGAUCAGACUAUCUGAACAACACAUCCAGAAGGCUAUAUCCUCCCCUGAGGUUGUCGUUACCACUCGCUUCUCCAACCAUACUACACAAAUCCUUGAGACUUUUUAUGAGCAAAAUGAUCGUCCCAAAAUAUCAGAUAAAUCUAAGCUUGCCAAGGCAACCGGUCUAUCUAUUGAGCAGAUUGAAACAUGGUUCAAUAACAAAAGGAGUCGUGCACAAAAAGGGGAUACAGGUUUAUGUGAGAAACAAGUAAGAGAAUUCAUGUUAGAAACGGAGAUUGAUUGGGUUGAACAGUUGAAAUUAGUUGAAAAGGAUAGUUUAACAUCUGAAGACACUCGUUGUAUUGACAAUGUUGAUCAUGUCAUUGAAAUCCCACCAAGUCCUGAAUCACCUGGUUCUAUUGAAGUAGAUAAUCAAUCAACUUCUUCGUCUGAGACACGUUAUACAUCGAAAUUAAUAUCGCGAUCGAAAUUUACGAAAAAUGCUCGCAAAAUGGCUAGUCCAUAUGCAACAUCACGUCCUCGAAAAGGUAAAUCUACAGGCCUUCGCAGUGUUCGCAUUACACCGUCAACUGUAGAAAAUUCACCUGAAAACGGCAGGGCUGGACCCGCUAAUCUAACUGGAUUGAUUAAAGCCACGCUAACUGCGAGCCCGUCGUCAUCUGCAAACAUUACUUCCUCGCCAACCAAUUUAAAAGUUCGCGUGUCUUUUAACAAGUCAACGGCUAGGGCGCGCGCACAACCUUAUUCAUGUAUUCCACCUAAGCGUCUUCGGAAGACUAAAUCUCCGUCAACAAACAGUAAUCAUGCGAACAACGCGUCGGUACCAGCGAUCCAUAUUGCCAACGAUUCCUGUGGGCAAAUAUAUACUAAAGGAUUCUUGCAGAACAUGACACCAUCGACUGAUAGUGAAAGUUAUUUCACAGAAAGUCUGGACAAAGCUUUUGAUCGCAACAAUAAACUUCUACCAAUAAUGGAUCCAGAUCGAGAAUCCAAUCUUGCUUUCUUGGCUGAACAAUAUUAUAAUGGGCUAUCGGGCGAGCAGUCGGCUUUAGAAACUGCGUUGAUAUUAUCGCCCGUCUCUAUAUCGGGAGAUCAGCAGCAAUGUUUUCAAAAUGUUCAUCAAACGAUUGGACGAUUCGAUGCACAAGAAACAGAAGUAUACGACGAUAAUGUCAACUAUCAACUCAGCAAUGACGAGACUGAUCUGAAUCUGCAGAGCUUGUCUUCUAGUUUUCUUCCGUCCAACUGUUUUCAGGCUUAUAAUCAGUUCACCUGUGAGGGCGCAUCCAAUUUCUCUCGGGUUUCGAUUGAGGGCUUUGACGAUGAAUCUAGCUCAACACAGUCAAAGUCUACUCAAUCAGAAAGUGACUAUCCACUGGAUGAAGCCUUCUUAUUCGAUUCUAAUAUUCAAGAAUCCGUGUGGCGAUUUUCUGAACCGUAUUUCGUUGACACUGUGCUGGCCAACAAUGGUGAAUUCUCUUCGUUCAUACCCCAUGAAGGAUUCCUUGCCUCCGGAUGUAUGGCCACACUUAAUAGUGAUGCCGAUUUCCUCACUGACGAAACGCUUAAUGUGGUGCCUCAAAACAACAUAUCUGUAGCUGAAUCUUCUCCAUGGGUGAUAUUGACAGAUGACGAUCAACAGCAAAUCAUGUAA